AGAGCGGGAGAGGGAGCAGGGGGAGGGGGAGCGGGGACGGUCUCCGCCGCCGUUGUCUCCGCUUUUGAAGGGGGGAGCGUGAAUUAGACUCCAGCCGGGGGGCGCCGCCGCGGCCGGGGGCGGGGGGGCGGGGGGCGGCGAGACGUGGUGGGAAGACGAUGGCGGAUAUAGACAAGCUCAACAUCGACAGCAUCAUCCAACGGCUGCUGGAAGUAAGGGGUUCAAAGCCUGGUAAAAAUGUCCAGUUGCAAGAGAAUGAGAUACGAGGAUUGUGCUUGAAGUCUCGAGAAAUUUUUCUCAGCCAGCCUAUCCUAUUAGAGCUCGAAGCACCUCUUAAAAUAUGUGGUGAUAUCCACGGACAGUACUAUGAUUUGCUUCGACUCUUUGAAUAUGGUGGUUUCCCACCUGAAAGCAACUACCUGUUCCUUGGAGAUUAUGUUGACCGGGGGAAACAGUCCUUGGAAACCAUCUGUCUUCUUCUGGCCUACAAAAUAAAAUACCCAGAGAAUUUUUUUCUUCUCAGAGGAAACCAUGAAUGUGCCAGCAUUAAUAGAAUUUAUGGAUUUUAUGAUGAAUGUAAAAGAAGAUAUAACAUUAAACUAUGGAAAACCUUUACCGACUGCUUUAACUGUUUGCCUAUUGCAGCUAUUGUGGAUGAGAAAAUAUUCUGUUGUCACGGAGGUUUGUCACCAGAUCUUCAGUCAAUGGAGCAAAUUCGGCGAAUUAUGCGCCCUACCGAUGUACCUGAUCAGGGUCUUCUUUGUGAUCUCUUGUGGUCUGACCCUGACAAAGAUGUUUUGGGCUGGGGUGAAAAUGACAGAGGAGUGUCUUUUACAUUUGGAGCCGAAGUUGUUGCAAAGUUUCUUCAUAAGCAUGAUUUGGAUCUUAUAUGUAGAGCCCAUCAGGUGGUUGAAGAUGGAUAUGAGUUUUUUGCAAAGAGGCAGUUAGUCACUUUGUUUUCAGCUCCAAAUUAUUGUGGAGAGUUUGACAAUGCAGGAGCCAUGAUGAGCGUGGAUGAAACUUUAAUGUGCUCUUUUCAGAUUUUGAAACCUGCAGAGAAAAAGAAGCCAAAUGCCAGCAGACCUGUAACACCACCAAGGGGUAUGAUCACAAAACAAGCAAAGAAAUAGAGGUCAAUUUGACAUUGCCUAGAUGGGACUUGUAUAAUAGUAUAUAACCUUCAUUUUUAAAAUUGUAAUGUGUACUGGUCAGCUUGCUCAAAAUAGAUUUGUGUUUGUGGUUUAUUUUUUGUUUUUGUUUUUUCAUUUUUGAUUUAAUGGAGUACAUUUGCUGGUUAUAACAGCAACUGAGACUUUUUCUGCUCCCUAAAAGUGUUUUGUUUUGUUUUUUAAUUCUGUAUUCCAUUAAAAACAACUUACUCUCUGUCCAGGUUUCAGCAAUACACUCCACAGCAGUCUAUCCUGACAUCAGGGAUGGCUGUUUAACUGUUCUUUUGAUUCUGUACAAUCCAUGCAUAGUGUAAAUGCUGCUUUUUUCCCCUUUAGGUUCUAAAGACAGCACUAGUGUACUAGGAGACUAGAAGUGUGUUACUGUCAUGCAAUGCAUACUGUUUUUUUACAAACCACUGUGAACUUUUUUUUUUACUUUAAAAACUUGUUUUAAAGGGAUUGCUUUUUUUCCUCAGUGUCUUGUCAUGUACAAACUAGUUUUAUUGCUAUCAACAUUAGGAAUAACCUUCAAACUUGCCAGCAUCACUGGUAUGGUGUAUAUUUAAUUAAAGCACACUUCCCCUACCACAUACUUUAGAUGACAAAGCCAUUAUUUUAAAUGUUUGUGACUUUCCUAAAGCCAAAGUUUCUGUUGACAUCUGAAUUGACGCAACCAGUGAAUACAACUUGGGGUGGUUGUGUAUGUAUUCCUUCCUCUUGGGGAUUUAAAAACAAGUUUUGACUUUGAAUAGUAAGAAUGCUGUACUGUUGUGCUGUUAAUGACUUUAAUGACUAUAAGGUCAAUGAUGUUUUAUACUGUUUCCUUAUGGCCUAUUCAUUGAGUAAUAUUUUUGCAGGGUUAGGCCUAGACCUGUCCAUUCAGCACCUAUAAAUUAUAGAAACACAAGUGUUCUAAACAAGUGAUGAGUUGUGCUUUCUUUGGCCUACAGGCUUUAUUCUGCAAUGAAAUCAAGAACAUGGCUUGUAAAACCAACCAAAUAAAGGAAUUAACUUAUUUUACUGUUCCACCAAUUUAUACAAAGCUCAAACAAUAUCUAUGACUUUUUUUAAAAUGAAACUAAGAUCUGUUAAAGAAAUCUGUUUGAACAGAUGACAGUGUACAGUACCAUGUGGUGAAAACUAAUUCAGACUUAUUAAAUGAAGAACUUGUUAACUCUUCUCAGUGUCAAUUUUAUCAGCACAAUACACACAGAAAAACUGUUGAUAGCAUAUUGAAUAGAUAUUAAAUAAUAAAUUGUUCUGGAAACCA